AGGAUGGCCAAUAACGUUCACAUGAGUGGGCUGCUGAGCCGCCACGAUGAUGAAGCCACUAGGACCUCCACCUCGGAGGGUCUGGAGGAGGGUGAGGUGGAGGGAGAAACCCUCCUGAUUGUUGAGUCUGAGGACCAGGCUUCGGUGGAUUUAUCGCACGAUCAGAGUGGAGACUCUCUGAAUAGCGACGAAGGUGAUGCUUCCUGGAUGGAGGAGAUGUCCUAUUACUGUGAGAAGUGCCAGAAGUGGAUUCCAGCAAGUCAGUUGAGAGAACAGCUCAGCUACCUCAAAGGAGAUAACUUCUUCAGAUUCACAUGCUCCGACUGCUCGGAAGAUGGGAAGGAGCAGUUUGAACGGCUGAGGUUAACCUGGCAACAGGUUGUCAUGCUGGCAAUGUACAAUUUGUCUCUGGAAGGAACAGGCCGCCAGGGCUACUUCAGGUGGAAAGAAGAUAUCUGUGCUUUCAUUGAGAAACACUGGACUUUCUUACUGGGGAACAGGAAAAAGACCUCAACAUGGUGGAGCACAGUUGCUGGGUGUCUUUCUGUGGGGAGCCCUUUGUUUUUCCGCUCAGGGGCACAGGAAUUUGGAGAACCAGGGUGGUGGAAGCUGGUUCAUAAUAAACCCCCAACAAUGAAACCCGAAGGAGAGAAAUUGUCUGCGUCCGCACUAAAGGCGAAAGCAGCCUCAAAGCCACCUCUCGAUCCCAUCAUUACUGUGGAGGGCCUCAGGAAGCGAGUGAGCCGCAACCCGGUGGAGUCGGCCAUGGAGCUGAAGGAGAAGAGGUCUCGCACUCAGGAAGCCAAGGAUAUUCGUAGAGCCCAGAAGGAGGCAGCUGGCUUCCUGGACAGGAGCACAUCCUCCACCCCUGUGAAGUUCACCAGCCGAGGCCGCCGACCAGAUAUGGUCCUUGAGAAGGGAGAGGUGAUUGACUUCUCCUCCUUGAGCUCCUCCGAUCGCACUCCUCUGACGAGCCCUUCCCCUUCCCCAUCGCUGGACUUCUCUGCGCCCGGCACUCCAGCCUCCCAUUCAGCUACUCCCAGCCUCCUCUCGGAAGCAGACCUCAUCCCAGAUGUCAUGCCACCACAGGCUCUGUUUCAUGAUGAUGAGGAGAUGGAAGGAGAUGGAGUCAUAGACCCAGGAAUAGAGUAUGUGCCCCCUCCCAGUGGGACAGCUGGUGCUGGCACUGUGAUAGCAAGUAGAAAAAAAGUGAAGACAGUGGAGCAGAUCAAGCAAGAGGUGGAGAGUGAAGAAGAAAAGCCAGAAAGGAUGGAAGGAGACAGUGAAGAUCCUGAUGAUUCAAACACAUCGCUGCAGGUGAGAGGGCGAGACAAGAGGAAGCCACAACUGGAGAAGGAUGCUAACCCUAGAACUCCAAAGCAUACCUCUGUUAGCAUCUAUGAGGAGAAGCUGCUGCUGAAGAGACUGGAAGCCUGCCCCAAUGCCAUGAGCAUGAACCCAGAGGCCCGGAGGCUGAGGCGCAAGCUGAUAGUUAGGCAGGCCAAAAGGGAAAGAGGGCUGCCGCUCUUCGACCUGGACCAGGUUGUGAACGCGGCACUGCUCUUGGUUGACGGCAUUUAUGGAGCCAAAGAAGGAAGUGUUUCCAGGUCUCCAGCAGGGCAAGCAACAUAUAGAACUACUAGCCAGGACUUCAGGAUCUUGGACAGAUACCAGACAAUGCUGCCUGCCAUGAAGGGAUAUCGACAGCAGACAACAAAGUUUCUGUAUCGACUGGUAGGCUCAGAAGACCUGCUGACAGACCACAGCAUUGUCAGUCCCUACACAUCCCGUGUCCUGAAACCUUACAUCAGGCGUGAUUACGAGACAAAGCCCCCAAAACUCAGGCUGCUGGCAGAAAUCCGGGCCUAUCCACACAGGAGUAAUCUCAACUGGAAAGCUGAGCCAGAAGCACCUAUUGAUUACUGCUAUGUUCGUCCUAAUCACAUCCCCACUAUAAACUCCAUGUGCCAUGAAUUCUUCUGGCCAGGAAUUGAUCUGUCAGAAUGCCUGCAGUAUCCAGACUUCAGCGUCGUGGUCCUUUACAAGAAAGUUAUCAUUGCCUUUGGCUUCAUGGUGCCAGAUGUGAAGUACAAUGAAGCUUACAUCUCUUUUCUGUUAGUUCACCCUGAGUGGAGAAGAGCUGGGAUAGCAACCUUCAUGAUUUACCACCUCAUCCAGACCUGCAUGGGCAAAGACGUAACCCUUCACGUCUCUGCGAGCAAUCCUGCUAUGCUGCUCUACCAGAAGUUUGGAUUUAAGACUGAAGAAUACAUUUUGGACUUCUAUGACAAGUACUACCCCUUGGACAGCAAGGAGUGCAAGCAUGCCUUCUUCCUCAGGCUGCGCCGCUGACCCGCUGCCCCGCUGCCCCGAGCCCCUGCCGCCGAGGAGACAUCUGCUGCGGCUUCCAGCAGAGGCCACUGGCUGCCACCUGAGAGCUGCAACACACCGAUGCCUUUGUCCCUAGGGCUUCAACACUGCUACGGUGGGUGCUGAAAAUACAAGCCAGGAGGAUUGAGUCCUAUAUUCCAAAGGGAGAGGCCUGGAAAUGCCAACUGGGACAUGCUGAAACCACUGGGAAACAGAAAUUCUUUAUGGGGAGUUUUCCUGCCGCUCUCACUUUGGAGAAGCCUCGUUGAUAAGCCAGUAAAGAAAGAAACAAACAGAUGAAUAGUCAUUUCAGAGGGAGCCCAUGGAUUUCAGAGUUUGAAACCUGUUGCAGGGGUUUUUGUUUCUGGGUUGGUCUUUGUUUGUUUCUAGGAAAUGAACAUCUAAAUUGAAGUGGUCUGCAGUGUUUCUGUGAUUUGAUUGCAUCGUUAGGAUCCAUGUCUUGAAUCUGUGAAGGAAAAAAAAUAGAUAUUGGUGCAUUUAGCUGAAUGCUAACUUUAGGAAAGCUCUGUACAUGCCAGAACAGCAAUACUGGAACCAUGUUAUAGGCAUAAGGAAGAGCUCAGCAUGAACUCCUGUGAUCCUGAAGGCAAGGCUCAGAGGGAGAUGUCUUUCUCCUUCCCCAUGCCUACUGCCUUCCUUUCCCCUCAUUGACCCCGUGCUCAAUGUGAAGUUCUUGUAGCGUGCAGUGUUUUGUGUUCAGGAACAAGGUGUCAAGUGGGUUUGCAACUAGGUGAGGUAGGACACAACAGCUGCCAGAUCAGCUCUUUGAAGUCUUACAACCUCUCUGCCAGUCGUUGAUGCUGCAGAUCAGCCUUUUGGGCACACUUCUAACCACAGAGCCAGCCUCACAGGCUCCAACAUCCACCUCCUCCUGCUACAGAUGCUCUGGCUAGAAGAAACCCAGAACAGAAGUCAGCAGUGACGUGUGAAAUGAAGGCUCUGGUUUGUAGAAGCAAUCUCUGCAGGUUGGAGGGAGGAGAGGAUAGAGGUGGGCCAGUUCUGGUUCUUGGAGGCAUCUAGGCUAUGAUCUCAUGGCUCUAGCCCUAAGAGAAGCGCAAAGAAUAAAUAGAAGCAACCCAAAAAUACAAUCCCCACACAGUUUCUCUGGUAGUGGGGUCUAGUCUUUUGACACAGUUUAGGACUUCCUCUCUCCCUAACUUCUCUCGUAGCUGAAGAGCAAGCUGCCAGUUUGCUCUGCUGCCUGGCCAAAGGUUGGUCGGUUCAUUUGAGUACAAGUCACACCCACUGUGCUGUUCCUUUCACACCAAAACCCCACAGAGAGCUGCACCACAGACGUGACUGUUCUUAUCCACCUAUACCUCUUGGGUACCUUGCUGUAGUGGUAGUUGCCUUAAUGGAGUUUUCAAGAGAGGAUCACCAAGUAUGUUUUUGUGUAGGCAGUGUCCAUGCUCACCAAAACAAAAGCAGUGUCAGUGGGAGGGGAAGAAGAACCCAUCCAAGUGCGGUGUUCCCCAAGCAUUUGUGCACCUCUCUGCCUGCUUUUGGCCGCAUGAAAAGUUUGUGAUGUUACUUGGAAAGGAAAAAAGAACAAUUUAUCUGUCUUGAUGAAUGGAAUUAAAGCCUUCCCUAGGAAAA